AUGCCACCAAACAACAACCCCCACCCCGGCUCCGGCUCAGCCUCCCAAUCCCUCCCCCCUUCCUCCCUUAACCCCCUAACCUCGGCCACCGGAAUAGUAGUCAUGGUCCUCAUAACCACCAUCUCCCUCGGCCUCGCAAUCGCCCUCCUCCUCCUCUACCUCCGCAAGCGCAAACGCUCCGCCCAGCGCAGACUCGCCGCCCGCCUAAGCGGCAUGCCUGAGAUCCGCGCUGGUGACUCCACAGAAACUGAACGGUCACACAUCACCACCCAUGCCCAUCAAGAGAGUAGCAGACUCCAAAAAUGGGGAAGCAAGGAAGCGUUUGAGGUUGUUGAGAUUAGUGCGCCGAGUCUGGCGAGGAGGGGGAUGUUGAGGCGGUUGACGGAGGAGGAGGAGGAGGAGGAAAAAAGGGGGUUGAGAAAGGGGGGAGAGGGGAGGAACAAACUUUCGAGGAGCCAGUCGUGUGCUUGGCCAAGUGAGAUGAAGAGGUUGGGCGAGGGUGACGAGAACAAGGCGGAGGGGUGGUUAGUGAACGAAACUACUGCUGCCGCGGGGGUUGAGCUGCCUAAACGGAGUUUCUUCCGGGGCGGGUCGUUGAAGGAAAGAGGGGAGAGGGGGUCCUGGCCGGUGAGGGAGUUGACCGGGGGGUUGUCGAGGGUUCAUCACACCGUUCAUGGGUAUCCUUCCGGCGGUGUGUCUGCGUUGGGACGGCAGCAGGAGGAGAAGGAGAGGGAGAUUGGGCUUGGGAGUAAUACGAUCAGGGGGUAUGGGUGUUUGAGGUUGGGGCCUGGGUUUGCUGAUGGGGCGGGGAGGGUGUUGCCUGAGCCGCCUAGGGCUGUUGUCACGGGGGGACAGGGGGGAAUUGUGAGGAGUCAUACUGUUGGGGCUAUGGUUGGGAGUUGUGGACAGCAGCAGCAGCAGCAGCAGCAGCAACAACAACAACCUCAAGUGCAGCCGAGCGUUGUUCCCCCUCCUCCGCCGCAUCGGCCGCUGCCUCAGACACCGCCGAGGGCUGUCGCGAGGAGGCGGUCGAGGGCGCAGAGUACCGAUUCGACAUUGUCGGAGAUUUUAAAGUCGACGGAGAAGAGGCUGAGGGCCGGGAGUGCGACUGGUGGUGUAGGUCGGGGAAGGCAUAUGAGGAUGGGGUCCUUGAAUGCUCGAACCGUGUCGAUGGCGGGGACGAGUCAAGAGUGCUUGCUGCCGAAGAAGGGGAUGGGUCACAAACGACAGGACUCUGAGGUGUCGGCCGUGUCUGAGUCCGAUAGCUUGGCUGGUGAGGAGAGCCCGAUUGAGAACCCGGCUGGACUGACGUCGCCCAGUCGCAGUAGGCUGGUUCGAAAGCCAGCGCAGGAGCAGCCCCAACAGGCAGAAAGGCAGGUGGAGAUGAUGAUCCAAUCGCCGAGAAGCUCCAUCUCCUCCUCGCUGUCGACAGUCUUCAGUGAGGACGAGAUGCCAGACGAGGUCAAAAAGGCAAUCAUGCCGUUGGAUGGCUUUGUCGUUGCACCCCAGCCCGCCACCAGUGUCCAAGCGCCUGCCAUGAACGACCCUUUCAUCACGGCGCCAGUUCCUCUGCCGCUGUCCAUCAACAGAUGUUCCCCCAGCACCACCUCGGUUGGGUUGAGACAACAGCCCAAAACCCAAGGUCUGUUCCGAGAAAGCCUCGAACGGUCCUCCAUACAGCGCCGAAUGACACUCGCAAGCCCAACCCAAGAUCUCAUCCUCGCCCCCGGGCCCAGUCACCCUCAGCACAAUCCCAAUCCUCCCACCCCCGCCGCCCCCGGCCCGGUCUUCAGCCAACACCAACAACGCCGCAAGACCCUCUCCCCCACCAAAACCGUCUCCUUCGCCGACGACCGCCCCCGAAUCCACAACGUCCCCCGCCACUCCCCCACCCGCCCAUCCAAAAAGCCCGGCAUCAAAAUGUCUCCCUCCCAACACCAACUCGAACUCUCCCUCUCCCGCAACGGCAACAGAGACUCGGCUUGCUCAACCUUUUCGGUGGACAACGCCCCGGCGACGGUGCUCAAAAGAUCGGCAGAGGUGAACAACGCCAGCUUUUUUGCCAACUCACUGUUGUUUCCCGACCCGCUCAACCCCAAGUCAGCAGCGACUCCCCCACCACCAACCACAGCGGCCGGCUCUGAGGGGGAGGGGGAGUCGGAAGAUGAGGACGACAUCCCCCUGGCGGAUACUGUCGCCUCGCUGAGGAGGAUGAACUCGCAGAUGUCGACUUCGAGUGUGACCUCGCUGCAUAAUGAGAACCCGAAGCGGUUUUCGGGGACUUUGCAGAACUUUCAAAAGAGGAAGUCGAUCGGGGCGAGGAAUUAUCUUUCGCUUGGGGGGAAUGUUGACACUGCGAGGCGGAGGAAGAGGGGUCAGUCGGUUGCCAAUGGGGGCGGGGGCGGCGGUUCGCAUAAUAGAUCUAACUCCCAGCCUGCCUUGCCGCAGCAUGGGAGACGGGGGAGUCGAGGGAACGGAGGGGGGGCGAUGAACGCCUCACUCAGUCAGACCAGUUUGGGGAGUCCGAGGGUGAGUAGGGAGGUUAUUCCGCUGGCGUAUCCGGUCGAGAAGCGGCAGGAGGGGUGGGAGUGGGGUGGGAGUGUAGGGGCGGGGAAUGUGUCGCCGCCGCAUAAGAGGAGGAAGCCGGGGAGUGUGCAUGAGCGGAGGCAGAGUUUGUUGAGGAUGAGUGUGUUGGAGACGGUGACGGAUUCGUCGCCUGGGGUGGUGGGUGGUGGUGGUGGUGGUAACAAGGAGAAUGAUGGGGAGGGAGGACCGUUCAAGUUGCCGGUGAGGGAGGAGUUUACUUUUCAUAGUGGGUAUGCUGGGUUGGGGGGGGGUGUGAGUUUGGGGCAGUUUGGGACGCCGAGCAGGGGGGGAAGGGGGACGGGGACGGGGAGGAAUAGUGUGGAGAGUUUGGGGUUGUAUGAUAGGCAGGGAUUUUUGAUUACUUCGCCUGUGAGGGGUGAUGCUGGUGGUGGUAGGAAUAAUAAUGGCGGGUCGCCGUUGAGGGGGUUGAUGGUGCACCAGGAUCGGUUGCAGAGUAGUCCUUCGAGGUUGAGGGUUUGA